UCGUUCAUUCAUAUUCCUGACGAUGGGCCAACACGUGCUUUCUCUUGACAGCCUAUUAAACAGUGUCUGCAUUCAGUGGCUUUUUAUUCUUCUUGGAGUUUAUUUCACCUUUCCCUGGUUAAUUAAGAAGUUGUGGUAUUUUUACAUUACAUUCAAUUGUGAUUCUGAAGGCACUACAAAACCUUUGCCUCCAGGAACGUUAGGUUAUCCAAUCAUCGGGGAGACUUUUGAAUUUGUGAAAAAGAACGCAGACUUUUACACGGAAAGACGCCAGAAGUAUGGCGAAGUUUACAUGACCCAUACAUUAGGAAGGCCAACCAUUCGCGUAUCAGGUGCAAGUCAUUUACGCGUAAUUCUAAUGGGGGAGAACACCCUGGUUAGCACGAACUGGCCAUCAUCUGUCAAAAAGGUGUUUGGCAAUGGCUCCUUGGCAAUGGCAGAGGGCGACGUUCAUUCCUUUAGAAAGAAACUUAUAAUCAAAGCAUUUACUCAUGAAGCAUUAGAGAACUACAUACCAUCCAUUGUAGAGAUCACACGUAUUUAUAUUCGAAAAUGGACGUCAGCCAAAGAGAUUCAUGGAUAUGAUGAGUGCAAAGAAUUGGCCUUUGCCCUAGCAGCUAAGGUGUUGAUGGGAUCCGACUUUGACCAAGAAUAUGUUUCUUAUCUGUCAUCGACGUUUGAAACUAUGAUUUACAAUAUGUUUUCCCUACCUCUACUAAUUCCAGGACUUGGUCUUUGGAAGGCAAUGAAGGCUAGGGAAACCAUACACAAGGAGAUAUCAAAGUGUUUAAACAAAAUACAAAAUGAAGGGAGCAAGCAGGCUUUCAGAAGUGUUAUCCAUCAUAUUAUGGAUCAGAAUGAGUACGGGAAUUACGACAGAUCGGAAGUUUUGGACGCUUUGCAAGAACUCUUCUUCACCGGACAUGACACAAGCGCAAGCGCAAUGACAAGUGUUCUGAUGUUUGUUGGAAGAAACCCGGAAGUUCUACAGCGCCUGCGCGAGGAAUUAGACGCAGAAGGGCUUUUACAUUGCUCAGACGACGAACUUGAUCUAUCAUUAAAUAAAAUAUGUAGCCUAAGGUAUCUAUAUUCAGUUGUGCGAGAGGUGUUGAGAGUAGCAUCGCCAGUUGGAGCAGGAUAUCGAAAAGCUUUAAGAACAUUCGAAGUUGGGAAUUACCGAAUACCAAAGGGAUGGACUAUAGCCAUCGGGUUUAGGGACACGCAUCUAACCUCUCCUGUGUAUAAGGACCCAGAGACGUUUGACCCUUCAAGAUGGGACACGCUUCCAAAUUUAGACAGACAAGAUGGAGAUUCAAGUAUUGAUCGAAUGAAUUACACUGCUUUUGGGGCUGGGGCAAGAUUUUGUGUGGGAAAAGAAUACGCUAAACUGAUUAUCCGGAUAUUUGUCAUAGAACUGGCUCGUAAAUGUGACUGGAAGUUACAUAAUCCUUAUCCCAAAAUGGUUUACAUUCCCGUCCCUAGAGCGGUGGACAGAUUACCAUUAGCAAUUUGGAAGCACGAUUAACAUGGUGAACUUUUGUUGGUUCGAGGUGAAAGGUCGUAUUUCAGAGGUCGCAAGGUCAGGAAAAGUGCAAUAGUAAAAAAAGAAACUCGGUGAAAUUUUGGGAAGACUUAUACGGUGUGAUUGGACGUUUCUCAUAAAUGCAAUUUUAUGUAACGAGAUAUAAUAGUUGUGCCAUAGAAGGUAAACAAGGUCAGUGCAUCCGGUGAUAUUAAUACUCUUGUUGGUUAACCGAGCCUUUCCUCUGCAUGCAAGUCCAAGACCAUGCAAUAGGUCUGAACCUCUUUUUUUUUCAACAUAUCCAACUACUCAGGGAAACUUUAUAUUUAAAUAUUAAAGAAAUUAUAAUUAAAAACAAUCAACAGUUAAUAUAACUUAAACACUGAAAAUGCAAUCCUUACCUUCAGAAUAGCUUUUUCUCCGUUUUAGACUCGAAUACUGUAUUUUACUUAAUUCAAAAAGUUUGCCAUCGAAUUAUAUGAAAUUAUUCAAAAUAGAGACACUUUAUUCAGGCUUUACGCUUAUAUUAACAUUAGUCGUUAAAAACGUUUAUAAACAAGGUUUAAUUAAGUAUGACUUUAUAGAAAAUAAGUGUACAUAGACAAUUAGAUGUUAGAUUAAUUUUGACGCUAAAUUAACAUCGAAAAACAAAUACGAGGGGUGAUCAGAAAGUUCGCGAACUAAGUGAAUUACUUCCAUAAAAGAAAUAAAAUUAGGUUUCAGUGUUCAUUAUUUUUAAAAGUCGUCCUCUCCGAUUUUAAUGCACAUUUGCCACCGUUCUGCCCAUGCGCGAAUCACGUGAUCCAGGCGGUCACGUGACAUGCACCGUAGCGUUCUGUUCAAAGAAGUUGAAUGAUUUUUCCGAGUCUUAUAUUUCUUACCAUGCAAAUUAUUUUUUAUAACCCAAACGAUCAAUUUGUCAGAAAUGACCAAAUCUCGGAAAUAGGAUGGGUGGAUAAGGAUAUCCUUUUCCGGAAUGAGCAUGGUGAGAAUCACAACCCGAGUUUUCUGUCUUAGGAACGUCGUUUAUCCGAUAUGGAUAUAGUAUGUGCGCCUUCUUUUACCAUAUCUGACAUGCUUAAAGUCUAAAGUAAACGAUAAUUUUGGGAUUUGAUAAUUAUAUUAUUGUUAAGAUAUUCAACUAUUUUUCUAACUGUAACUUGGCGAUCUUUUAUAUCAAAUUGCUCUACUAAGGACACAUCUCUUCCUCAGCUUGCUUUCACUUACAACAAAACAAACACCAUUUUUAACCAUCUCCCUUCCUUCACUAAAGCAAUCAAUCCAAUUAUUGAUUGAACCUCUGGCAAGUCUUUUGUCUUCAUAAACCUUGUACAAAAUAGUAUAUGCUACUGCAAAGGAAUUUCCAAGAUAUACGUUAAACUUUACAGCCGUUCCUUGCUCGAGUACGACCGAGUGAAUCAUUUUUCGCAACAAGUCACCUACAUAUUGACGUCAUUUUCACAGAGUGACGUAACAAACAUCGAGCAAAACAUUACAUAACAUCUGCUAUUGAUAGAACAUAUGUAUGACUAUAUGUGUGUCAAAUUUCAUUCUGAUCUGAAUUGUGGUUUGUAAUUAUAGAGAUAGUUCGCGAACUUUUUGAUCACCCCUCGUAUGGUUCCUUGUCAAUAAAAAGAAACAUUACUCCAAUUCUUUUUCCUAGAACAUAGUUUCUGUGAUAUUUUUUUUAUAAUUACAAAGAUUACACGCUAUUUGAAAACCCAAAUAACAUACAUUGAAUUUGAACAAUAUCAAAGAAUCAAUCAAGUUCUCUGUGUGAAAACAUUGCCUGUCAGUAUAAUUUAAUCAAUAAUUAAUUUGAAUUUAUCUUUUUUAAUUGCAUUAUUAAGAAAGGAAUUCAUUAUUAGAGUCAAUGUCAACCAUAAACGAAUCGAAAAGAAUAAAAAAAAUCUGUCUUUGAAAUUUUAAUGAAAGUGCAAUUAUAUUUAGUACAAAGAUAAAACGAGAUUUCUUUUAUUAAUAAAAUUUAAAUAUAGCCGUGAUAUAUCACUCUAUGUGUACAUCAAUAUUUGGAAAACAGAAAUGAAUUCUAAUCUUUACGUAACUGUAUUCGACCAAUAAGAAAUAAAACGUAUUGAAAUUGAAUAAUUUGCAGCAACGGGGUGGUUCUAACCCACUAUUUAAAAUUAAUAAAACCCUCAAAUUAAUGCCAAAAUUUGGAAAAGCUUGAAGGUGGCGCUUUAAUCAAAUUAUGUUUCUAGUAUUCGUGUACUAAUACAGUAUUUUAUGCAUUAUAACACGAUUUUUUAA